AAAUGGCGCAGCAAGGAGUUCAGCUGGACCGGGAAACUUUCUCUUGUUCCAUCUGUCUGGAUCUACUGAAGGAUCCGGUGACUAUUCCAUGUGGACACAGCUACUGUAUGAACUGUAUUCAAGAGUUCUGGGAUGGAAAAGAUGAAAACCAAAUCUACAGCUGUCCUCAGUGCAGGGAGACUUUCACACCGAGGCCUGUCCUGCUGAAAAACACCAUGUUAGCAGAUUUAGUGGAGGAGCUGAAGAAGACUGGACUCCAAGCCUCUCCUGAUGAUCACUGCUAUGCUGGAGCUGAAGAUGUGGCCUGUGAUGUCUGCACUGGGAGAAAACUGAAAGCCCUCAAGUCCUGUCUGGUGUGUCUGGUCUCUUACUGUGAUCAACACCUUCAGCCUCAUUACGAAUUACCUGUAUUUAAAAAACACAAGCUGGUGGAGCCCUCCAAGAAUCUCCAGGAGAACAUCUGCUCUCUUCAUGAUGAGGUGAUGAAGAUAUUCUGCCGUACUGAUCAGCAGUGUAUCUGUUCUCUCUGCUUAAUGGAUGAACAUAAAGGCCACGACACAGUCUCAGCUGCAGCAGAAAGGACUGAGAGGCAGAAAGAGCUCGAGGUGAGUCAACAAAACAUCCAGCAGAGAAUCCAGGACAGAGAGAAAGAUGUGAAGCUGCUUCAACAGGAGGUGGAGGCUAUCAAUCGCUCUGCUGAUAAAGCAGUGAAGGACAGUGGGAAGAUCUUCACUGAGCUGAUCCGUCUCAUAGAGAAAAAAAGCUCUGAUGUGGAGCAGCAGGUCAGAUCGCAGGAGGAAACUGAAGUGAGUCGAGUCAAAGAGCUUCAGGAGAAGCUGGAGCAGGAGAUCACUGAGCUGAAGAGGAAAGACGCUGAGAUGAAGAAGCUCUCAGACACAGAGGAUCACAACCAGUUUCUACACAACUACUCCUCACUGUCACCACUCAGUGAAUUUCCAGCCUCACCCAGCAUCAAUAUCUGUCCUCUGCGCUACUUUGAGGACAUGACAGCGGCUGUUUCAGAAGUCAGAGAUAAACUACAAGACCUUCUGAUAGAGACAUGGGCUAAUAUCUCCCAGGCUGUGACUGAAGUGGAUGUUUUACUGCCACAACCAGAGCCCAAGACCAGAGCUGACUUCCUUAAAUAUGCACGUGAAAUCACACUGGAUCCAAAAACAGCUCACACACAGCUGUUAUUAUCUGAGGGCAACAGGAAAGCUACAUUAGUGGGACAACAACAGCGCUUUUCUAGUCACCCAGACAGAUUCACUAAAGAGUUUCAGGUCCUGAGUAGAGAGAGUCUGACUGGACGUUGUUACUGGGAGGUGGAGUGGAGAGGCGAAGUCAUUUAUGUAGCAGUCUCAUACAAAAAUAUCAGCAGAGCAUGUAGUCCGAUUGUAUGUAGAUUUGGAUGGAAUGACAAAUCUUGGGCAUUAAGAUGUGACAAAAACAGUUAUAAGUUUUUGUACAACAAUGUCCAAACUCUUGUCCCAGGUCCUGUGUCCUCCAGAGUAGGAGUGUACCUGGAUCACAGGGCAGGUACUCUGUCCUACUACAGCGUCUCUGACACCAUGACUCUCCUCCACAGAGUCCAGACCACAUUCACUCAGCCGCUCUACGCUGGACUGUUGCUUCACUCUUCUUCUUUUGGAGACACAGCUGAGUUCUGUAAACUCAAAUAGACAGAAGUCAUUAAAUGGUUAGCUUCUGUUUUAACUCUUUAACCCAUUUUGUCUCCAUGUUUGUUGCUGAGAGCUGAUUGUGGUGGCAUUUCUUCACUGCACAGAGAUCAGCUGUCAAUCAAACAUUAUGGGAUGUACUUUGACAUCUUCAUAUUAGUUAAUUAAUUAGUUAAUUAGUGUAAAUGCUUGUGUUUCUUUAGGUGACUCUCCUUCCUGUGUCUGUUUAGCCAUGGAGGCUAUCACUGAUGCUCAUGAUGAUGUUAGUUGAUCUGAAGUGAAAAUGUCAACUUCUCUGUUAUCUAAAUAUUUGAUUAAUAUUUGUAUUGAUUUAUUUGUAGGUUGUUGUUUCUCUUCCACUGCAUGAGUCUGAAGAGAGAAAGCACCAGACCUUCUUUAUCCUAGAUAUUUUAUUCUCUUUGUGUACAUAUUAAAUAUUUUUUUUGUUUGGCAGACCAAAUGUUAUUGUUAUAUUGUAUUAUAGAACUGUAUUCAUUCUGAUAAUAAUCAAUGAGUGAGAUAAGAUUCAAACAAGGCGAUUGUGUGGAUGAAGUGAAUCUGUUAACAUUUAACAGACGUUACUGAUGGAAUGUGUGAACAAACUGAAGGUUUACAUGAUGAAUAAACUAACAUGAACAAA